UGAAGAGUGUGUGGGCCUUGGGGAAGGGUGAGGGCAUAUCUUAUAAUUCAUCUUGACUUUGCUUUGCGAUAUCUGAACUCCCCUCAGAUGAACAGCGCCUUCCUGACUGCUACCCAGUGUUCAUCGCAGAUGGACAGUCCAAGUCAAAGAAGAGCAGCUCUGGGGUAUGGGAGGAGUUAGGGUCCGGCCCUGCCCUAGACCUCUCCGUGUCCAAUUUCUCUAUGUCAGCUGCACUGUUCAGCUGUCUGCUUUCCUCCAGCCCUGUCAUUUCAGCUCCGACACCAAGCCGAGAGGCUAAGAGGCCUACAAAUACCGUCUGGGUAGCUGGUGUGAGUACGAAGGGUACUGGGGGGGCUCAGCCCCCAAGCAAGAAGACCAGUCUCCCCAGUACCAUCAUCAAGGCCUCACACCCUUGCACAAGACUGUGGACUGAUUUAGGGAACCCCAAACGAUGACAGAAAAGGAGGUGCUGGAGUCUUCCAAGCCCUCCCUGCCAGUGGAGACUCCGCAAAGUGGGCUACAGCGACUAAAGCAGUUAUUCAGGAAGGGGUCUCCAGAAACAAAAGAGAUGGAACUUCCCCCAGAGCCCCAGGCCAAUGGUGAGGCAGUAGGAGCCGGGGGUGGGCCCAUCUACUAUAUCUAUGAGGAAGAAGAGGAAGAGGAGGAGGAGGAGGAGCCACCCCCAGAACCUCCUAAGCUUGUCAAUGACAAGCCCCACAAAUUCAAAGAUCAUUUCUUCAAGAAGCCAAAGUUCUGUGAUGUCUGUGCCCGGAUGAUUGUGCUCAAUAACAAAUUUGGGCUCCGCUGUAAGAACUGCAAAACCAACAUCCAUGAACACUGUCAGUCCUAUGUGGAGAUGCAGAGGUGCUUCGGCAAGAUCCCACCUGGUUUCCGUCGGGCCUAUAGCUCCCCUCUCUACAGCAACCAGCAGUACGCUUGUGUCAAAGAUCUCUCUGCUGCCAAUCGAAAUGACCCUGUGUUUGAAACCCUGCGUACUGGGGUCAUCAUGGCAAACAAGGAGCGGAAGAAGGGACAGGCAGAUAAGAAAAAUCCUCUAGCUGCCAUGAUGGAGGAGGAGCCCGAGUCAGCCAAGCCGGAGGAAGGGAAAGCCGAAGACGGAAACGCCGAAGGGAACAAGAAGGCCGAGAAGAAGACCCCUGAUGACAAACACAAGCAGCCUGGCUUCCAGCAGUCUCAUUACUUUGUGGCUCUGUACCGCUUCAAAGCCCUGGAGAAGGACGACCUGGAUUUCCCGCCGGGAGAGAAGAUCACGGUCAUCGAUGACUCCAAUGAGGAGUGGUGGCGGGGGAAGAUUGGGGAGAAGGUCGGCUUUUUCCCACCAAACUUCAUCAUUCGGGUCCGGGCUGGAGAACGCGUGCACCGCGUAACAAGAUCCUUCGUGGGGAACCGCGAGAUAGGGCAGAUCACUCUCAAGAAGGACCAGAUCGUGGUGCAGAAAGGAGACGAGGCUGGCGGCUACGUCAAGGUCUCCACCGGCCGCAAGGUGGGGCUGUUCCCCACCGACUUCCUGGAGGAGAUUUAGGCGUGCGGCGCCUGCAGGCAGGAGACACCCAUCCCCCGCGCUGGGCGGGCCCAGUGGAGGAGGCGGGAGAGGGGCGCAGGCCACUGGCUGCUGCCUGGGCAAGGCCCGCCACGGGGGAGCUGCGGGGAAGGGGCUGGUUCCCGCCCCCCGCCCCCGGCCUAGGGCCCGGGUACCUGGUGCCCAGAGCAGCCCUGCCCCGGAACCCCCGAGCCCAGCCUGCAAGAGCUGGAGAGAGUUUCUCCAGCAAGAGGCGCCAAAGGGUGUCUCGGGGACGAACUGUGGAAUGUUGCAAAUUUAUUAAAGUUUUGACAAAAGUA